GCUACUUUUUUGUGAUGUGUGGAGACAAACGUAAUUUUCACCUAAACGUAUUCCUUCUUUUAUUCUCUGUUUCUGGUUCUUCUCAGGUUCUGAUAUGCCUAAAUGAACUGAUUAGUAUCCAAGCUCAAAUAAUGAUGGAUUUUACAUCUUCAGAAGUGAUGUGCGAGGUUGCCAAUUUAACAAAGGAAUUUACUUUUAGUCAUUCUUGUUCGUUUUAGUUAACCUCACUUGUAACAGGAAUUCAUUCAUAAUAGACCACGUAUGGAAACAUCCCAAUAUAUGUAUGUAUUUAGUUAACAAGAAUGUGCUCAGACAAAGACUCUUACUGUGAAGUUCUGGUUGCAUUGGUAAGGUUGCUAUCCAAUUUGAGCGCGAUUGCGACCAUCGAUAUCAAGGUUUUGAAGCAAAGAUCGUUUAAGGGAGGGUCUAAGUUAGGGCACUACAUUUCAUACAGCCUCAUUUAUGAAAGCUAAUGCAUUGAAGUGAAAGUGAGCGCCCCCCAUCUUUCGGACUGUGUGCACUUCCGCCCGAUCCUCUGGACACGGAACCACAGCUCGCUUUUCCCUCCACACGGUGAGUGUGUAAGCAGUCCGGUGCUUAACUUGACUUCGUUUUAAUAACAGACACAUGCAAUUCUGAAUACAUUAACAGUUUUUUUUCAUUAAUAUAAACUUAAAUAAAAUGCAAUAUUAAGUAGGAGCUCGGUUUAACAUCCCAAGAGUAUAAGACAAAUGUGCACAGUCUGGUCAUGCUGCUAGCUAAACUAGUAAACUAGCUUAGAUUAGCUAGCAUGCCUUUAAUAAACUUGAGAUUUUAAUCACUCUUCCUUUUGUAAGUAUCGCAAUUUCUAUAAAGUUAUGUUGCCCUGUGCACCAUGUAGUAGUUUACUUUUGACAUGCUAAGAAUGCGUGUCGGUGUUUAACAGGUGAAAAUGUUCUUUGCUAGCUAGCAUUAGAGCUGGCCUAAUUAGAGCAUGUGCCUAAUAUGUAUACCUAAAUAAUCCACAGGUCUACACUAACAUUACUCAAACUGUAUGUCCAUUAAUGAAUGAUAUAGAAAUGACAUUACAGCUAGAGCUGGUUGAUAUGUGAAUUGUGAAAACAUGAGUAAGAAGUUUUCAUGAUACGUGGUAGUAUUUAAUAAAUGAGUUAAAAUAUUUUCAGAGUAUAAACGCACAAUGAUAUUUUUUUAAACAUUUCACACACUGUGCUCUACCAAAUCUAGUUGGAGAGGCCUAAUUACUUUUAUUACUGACAGUAUCUGCAAUAUGCUCCGAAAAAUUAUAUGGUAACAUUAAAUGUUUUGACAUCUAUUUUUUUCUUUUCACAGACCUUUCAGAUCCCUCCUCACAUCCAUCUAUCUCUCUAUCCUUUAUAGCGACCCAACGACACUUUUAAGAGCCACUCGUCUGUCUGUCUAUCCAUACAUCCGUUUAUAAUCUGAUUAUAGAUAAUCAAUUUGUCUAUCUACCUAUCUGUUUGUCUAUCUAUAUAUCUAUCUGUCUAUCUCUCUAUCUACUUACCUACCUACCUCUCUGUCGUUCUACCUUUUUGGCUUUCUUUCUGGCUGUUCAUCUGUCUGUCUGGCUGACUGGAUACCAUGCCAGGUUCAACCCAAAAGACCUGCCAGUCAUGCAAGGCACAAAUAAAUGUUGGCUGUAAACACUGCAAGCUGUGUGGGGCUUCUCAGCCCCAGAAAGUGAAAUUGCAGCAGGCCAAAGACAAAGCAUCAAAGGAAUGGGCCCAAAAAAUGUUGAAUGGAAGAAACACCUCAAAGCUGAUAAAUUCCACCAAUCUUCUACUCCACAAGUUUCACAUGUUGGGUUAUUACCCCCUUCUUCUUCUUGGGAGGAGGAAGACGAGGCAGGCCACAAAUUUUAGGGCAGAUGUUUUUUAUCCUCAGCAGUUUUCUUCAGAAAUGGAGAGGACAUCAAUUUCUACAAUUCGUUUGCUGUAUGAAGGUCUUCUAAAAGUGGCUCUUAAUCCAGAAGCCAACCCCAACUCUUCAAAUGCUCCUGAGACCAACACCAGCUCUGCCCAUACUCCUGAGACCAACACCAGCUUUUCACAUGCUCCUGAGACCAACUUCAGCUGUUCAGAUGGUCCUACAGAGAACCCCAGCUCUUCAGUUGCUCCCCUUCAUACUGAACCUACAUACACCUUAAUUCUUACUCCUGUUACAUCUGAAAAGGAAAAUUCCACAGUGGUUCUUAAUCUGGAAGUCAACCCCAGCUCUUCAGAUGAUCCUGAGACCAGCCCCAUCUGUUCAGAUGCUCCUGAGACCAGCCCCUUCUCUUCAGAUGGUCCUGAGGCUAGCCCCAGCUUUUCAGCUCCUCCUGAGCCCCGCAGCAGCUCUUUAGAUGAACUCAAUCCAAUUCUCUCCCCUGUUACAUCUGGAAAUGGGAAUUCCACAGACAAGUACCCCUGCAAGAAAAGAACACAAGAAGUAACACCAAAUGUGUCCAGCUCGACAUUUAAUCGUACUUUUCCCUGCAAGAAAAGAAGAAUAAAGAUCAACCCAAGUGAAUGCCCUGUCCACACUAUGGCUGACACCUACCCAGUCCAAAAAAUUUUAUCACAGAGGGUAUCAAAAGAGGGCACAAAAGAGGUCAAAGUCCGUUGGCAGCAGUGUUCUGGGUGUGGCAUCAAGUGGAAAGACACAUGGGAGCCUUUCAACGAGAUAUUCCCGUAGUAAUGAUUUGAAAUAAUACUCUAAAUUAUUCAUUUUGGAAUUUUGAUGUUUAGCAUAACUAUUUCUAGGUGAUGUGUUAUUUAUUCAUCAUUACCCUUGUCAUUCAUAAGGUUAUUAUUGUUCAAUAAAGAUAUUG